AUGUCAGAAACUUCACCUUUGAUUGAUAGAAAGAAUAGUGUUAAGUUCAAUACUAUUAAUACUGAUUUUGAAGGUAACUUGGAAAGAGCCGCCAAUGAUGCUUAUGAAGCUUUAAUCGAUGAUGUUGAUGAUAGUGAUUUGGAUGAAGAUGCCUUAUGGUUAAGAGAGCAAAGGAAUUUGAAUAAAACAACUCAUUGGAUUAAGAGACCAUCUUUGAUAAUGAUCGGUUUAACAGGUUUCUUGUUUGCAUUCGCCAACGGUUCAGCUGAAGCUUCUAGAAAGAUUAUUUUGUUCAAAUUAGGGUGUAAUUCUAUCAUUAAAGAUGGACUUCAUCAUUUUUGCGAUCCUAGUGAAACUGAAAUUUUGAUUUCAAACUUACAGUUAGCCACUACUACCAUUUCAAGUAUAUUUUCUAUUUUGUUGAUUUCUAAGAUUGGUGCUUUGAGUGAUAAGUAUGGUAGGAAACCUUUUUUGUUCUUCAUAUUCUUCACCUUCCUCAUUUCAAGAGUUUUCAAGUAUUAUUUGAUGUCUCAUUAUGAUUACUUGAAAUUCGCCUGCAUAGUCUUUGCCGACGUUUUAGUGAGUUGUUCUGGUGGAUUAAUGGCGUUCUUAAGUUUACUUAAUUGUUAUGUUAGUGAUAUUGCCGAAGUUCAUCAAAGAAGUUACUUCAUUGGGGUAUCUAUGGCAUUUUUCUUUGCAGGUAUUAGUAUUGGUCCCAUUUCUGGUAAUUUGGUAUUGAGUCUUUCCAAGAAGGCUAAAACUUCCAAACCUUCAGAUUUGUUAACUAGAAGUGAUUCAUUAGAUUUUUCGGCUUACACAAACAUUGAAGAUUAUGAAUUCAAUCCUUUAAGAUUUGAGUUAAUAUUGUUCUUUUUGUUAGUCUUGGUCUCAGCAUUUAUUUUACCAGAAUCUAGAUCUCAAAAAGCUAGAAGAAAAUCAAGAACCAUGUCAGUAAGUGAAUUACCAGUCUUACAGACCAACGAAACAGUUUCUAUCACUAAAAAAGUGGAAGAUUUCUUCAAGUCAGUGGUCAAAGAAGCUAUUGAACUCUUGAAACCAAUUAAAGUCUUAUAUAUACCCUUGGAAUUCAAACCUGCCCACUAUAGUAUGGAAAGAUUCCAAAGAGAAAGAAUCUCCUUGAUUGUAAUGACCAUUAUCGAUUGUUUAUUAACUGGUUGUGCAAUGGGAAUGGGAGAAGUUAUGUUCCUUUAUGGAAUUUUAAGAUUCAAUUGGGGUUCGACUGUUUUAGCUUAUUACAUCGCCGUUUCAUGUGCCAGUAGGGCUUUAGUAUUAGUCGGUUUGGCUCCAGUAUUGAACAACUUUGUAUACCAUAAAGUCUUCAAAUUCAAGUUGAUGAAAAGACAAUUCGACAUGAUUGACUUUUGUAAUUGUUUUGGAGGUUUGAUUGUAGAAGUUGUUGUAUUCAUAGGGUAUGCUUUUGCUCCAACUACUUUAGCUUUCUUUGGAUUCAUUGUCCUUGGAGGUUUAUCAAGUUUAAUCAGUCCAACAUUAAACUCAGCUAUUGUCAAAUAUUACCCUGAUUCCAAAACUGGGGAACUUUUUGGAUCCAUUUCUUUCGUGAAGAAUCUUUUCAAUUUGCUCAUUCCAGUGGCUCUUUUGACUACCUAUAAGUACUCCUUGAGAAUCCAUUAUCCUCAAUUGAUAUUUAUAGUUUUAUCGGUGGUAAUGGUUCUUUGUAGUCUUGCAAUCACCGGAGUGAAAGUGUUAUUGAACUUAUCAUCUUCUUCACUGCCUGAAGUUUUGACUCGUUCAAGUUCCUUCGCCAGUGUCCCCUCAUUAAGAGAAGGUAGUUCGGAGUUGAGUCAUAACAGGACUAAUUCAAUGGUUUCAUUCGAAGAUCCUAAAAAAAUCACUGACUUGCACCGCAAAAACAGUAAUAUUUCUCAGUACAGAAAUUAA